GAGGUCUCUAAGGUAUGGGUUUGGAUUGUGGUUUUUCCCUUCUUCUUGGUUCAAGUCUAAUGGAAUUCAUUGGUGGUGCUAGGUUCUAAUGUCACAAGAGCAUAGGGUUUGUUGUUAGGGUUUCUGUGAAGACUCAAAAAUAAAUAAAUAAAUAAUAAUAUUUUUUUUAAGUGGUGGGACCCACUUACUUUAAUAUUUGACAGAUUUUCUUUUUUCUUUUCUUUCUUUUCUUUUCUUUUUCUUUCCUUUUCCUUUUUCUUCUCCAGCACUUCUCCUUCUCCUUCUUCUUCUACUUUUUCUUCUUUUUCUCUCUGCAACAGCCCACGUCGGGGUACCUCAAAGUCAUUGCCGGAGUUCCCUUUUGCCGCCACGCACCGGAGCUGGAGCACCAGUGGCCGGCGACAACCUCAUCCCCAAAAUCUCAGGGCCAUCGGACUUAAGACUUACACGAACGGAGCAGUCAAAGUUUCGUCGUCAAAACUUUGACCGCACUUUCCGGCGAACCCAGACCUCUGUUCGGUGAGUGGGUGACACCGUUGGAACUAGUGUGAAGGGAGGAGCGUCGCCCACUAAGUCAUUUCAAUCAACUCACCGCUUUUCUCCGGCGAAAUUUUGGGUAUCUCCGCCGCUUUGGAGGCAUUUUCCGGCAACACCGGAGGUUAGUUGGGCAAAGGAGUUGUACUUCCGUGAUGUACUACUCGAGAGGAUCGUUUUGAUAUAUGCCAUGCAUAUAUUCGUCGACGUUCACGGUAUCGCUAUCUACUGCUAGUGUGCACCGCUUGGUAAAAUCGUGAUAUAUAGAUCCAAUUUAAUUCACUCUAGGAUAAUCGUUAAGCUUGGGAGUGUCGCUUGGGGCUCGGACUGAAAAUUCUUAAGAGAUUUUAAAGAUGUUCCUCAGCAAUAUAAAGACCAGGUCGUUCAAAAGAUGAAGUAUUACUAUAAUAUCGAUGGGCAUCCAGAACCUGAAAGAGUUAUGGGAACUCUGUAUACGGAGAUGCGCAAAAGAUAUUCAGAGAGAAAGAAUAUUAGGCAUUCUCAUUUCCAAAAAUAUUAUUCUGGAAAUCUGAAUGAUUUGGAUAGUGCUCUCAAUGCUAUUCCUGACUUGUGCUCGAAGGAGAGCUGGAAAGAAAUCGUCGAUUUGUUUCUGAGCCCAAAGUUUAUAGCGCGAUCCACGCAGAACAAGAAAAAUAGAAAGGAAAUGAAGUAUUUGUCGACGCAAGGCUCUAAAUCAAUGGCAGCGAUCCGUAACGAAUAUGAUGAACCUGAUGAGCAUGCUAUUGAUGCUUGGAAAGAUACUCAUAUAAAAAAAUCUACGAAGACUUGGGUUAGCGAAACUUGCAAAGAACUACAUGAACAAAUGACCCAAGAGAUGGAGAGGCAAAAUAUUCAAAGUAGUCGGUCAGGUUCUGAAUCUGCUUCUAGUGAAGGUUCUACUGCUAAAUCAAUACAGUAUCAGGUUAUGGAUAAAAUUCUUGGCUCGAGGUCUGAUUAUCAAAUAGGAGUGGGAUACAGGCCUAAAGGCAAAGGGAAGAAAUCAGCAUCUAGCUCCACAAGUCAAAGUCCAAGCCAAAAUCAGUCACAAGUUCCUACUAAUGUGACUCCAGAGAUGAUGGGAGUUUUGGCUGAGAUGUGGGUUAAGAUGCGUGAUAAAGUCGAGUCAGGAAAUUUUCAGACUGAUUCUUCUCUCCAUGACCCACGCUAUGAAAGUUUAUUGCAGCAGUUCUUACCUUCUCAACAACAAGGUAGUACAUCUAAUCAAAGCCCGGGGACGUCGUCGAUGCCACAGCAACCACAACAAAAUUCUCCAAACAUAUCUGGUGGUUCCUCUCAAUCGCCACUUUUUAAUUAUAUGUUUGGACUUUCUUCCCAGUUUCCUCAGACACAACCUAUGGGAAGUCAGUUUGGAGGAUUACCGCAGCAGCAGCAACAACAACAUAUGUAUGGUCAAUUUGGGCCGUUCAUGCAGCAGCAGCCGGUAUAUCCUCAUUAUGGAGGAUCGACACAGCAGCCCGUUUAUAAUCAGCAGUACUACACUUCUCCGAAUCAACAACAACAGCAGUCUCCUUUGAUUCGUCCACAGCCUCGACCAUAUUAUCCUUCGCCGCCAGCACCACAGUCUCAUGAAGGUCUGAGUCGAAGCACGAAUAUUGAAGAUUUUUUAAAUGAACAUUUUGAUGAAGACAAUAAUAAUUAG